AUACGAACUUCUGAAUGUCCUUGAUUUUGACUGCGUCCGUCGCCGGAUGAGCGUUAUUGUGAAGAUGCCGGAUGGAAGAAUAUACCUGUUUUGCAAAGGAGCGGAUUCUUCUAUUUUCCCAAGGGUCCCUGAGGCUGAGUCACAAAAGACAAAAGCCCAUGUGGAACAGAAUGCAGUAAGCCUUGGUAUCCGGUUACGACUAUGGACUGGUGAUUGACGGGGCGACCCUUUCCCUGAUCCUCAACCCUUCACAGGAUCCCAACUUUUCCCAUUACAAGAGCAUCUUCCUCCAGAUCUGCCUGAAGUGCACCGCUGUCUUGUGCUGCCGGAUGGCCCCGUUGCAAAAGGCUCAGAUCGUCCGCAUGGUGAAGAAUUCCAAAGGCAGUCCCAUCACGCUGUCUGUUGGAGAUGGCGCCAAUGAUGUCAGCAUGAUUUUGGAAGCUCACGUGGGCAUCGGUAUCAAGGGAAAAGAGGGACGCCAAGCUGCCCGGAACAGUGACUAUGCCGUCCCCAAGUUUAAGCACUUGAAAAGACUUCUCUUGGCUCACGGCCAUUUGUAUUAUGUCCGAAUAUCCCACCUUGUACAGUAUUUCUUCUAUAAGGUAAAGGGAAUGACAAAUUGGUUUGGGAGGGGGGGGGUGUUAAGGAGAAGGCAGGUAAUGCAGAGGUCAGGGAUUUUCAGGUGGAAUAAACAGAUCAAGUGUCUGCAACCAUGGCUACUGGUCCACAAGGACAAUCGUUCUCUUAGUUUCAGAAGUUCAGGCCAGAAUUCAGCAUUGAAAGAGCUUCUGCUCUGCCUGACCAAUGAUUUGAUCCACAGAUUGAAGGAGUAUGAAUUGUUUGGACCUUGUAACUGGUUCAAUCAAAAGGAAAUUGGAGAUACAAAAUUCCUAGAGAGUGAGGUCACACCUGCUGCUCCCUUGAAAGUCCCUCACUUCCUGCCCCUCAUCUCUUACCUCAAAGGGGUGCUGGAGAGGAUACCCCAGACCACGAAUAGCAAAUAUUUGGAUGAGGGGAUAUGGCUGAGCCAUCCAGUCUUGGAGGACAUUGAGGAUGUCCUUCAUGAUGAAGAAGUGUCCAACCUCCGGAUGAUAGAGAAGCUGGGGAACAAGAGUGGAGAGAUAGAGCAUUAG